CUCUCUCUCUCUCUCUCUGCAACACACAACACUCUCUCUCUCUUUCUUUCUUCUCACUCCUUGAUGUGAUUCUCCACCAUAAGCCUAUCAACCUUUACAAAAGAGAGAAAGAUCAAGAAGCACCAUGGUUUUCCCAUCCAUUCCGGUCUAUCUAGAUCCCCACAAUUGGAUACAGCAGCAACCGGCUAGAGGUGGGAGCAGCGGCGAGAAUAAUCUACUGCUGACGCCUGUGCCGCCGCCUCUGGCAGUUGGAGGCGGCGGCAUGGGCACCGGCUCCCCCUCGAUCAGGCCUGGUUCCAUGGCGGAGCGAGCCAGGCUUGCAAAGGCACCGCAGACUGAGGCGCCACUUAAAUGCCCUAGAUGUGAGUCCAUAAACACCAAGUUCUGCUACUUCAACAACUACAGCCUCUCUCAGCCCCGCCACUUCUGCAAGACGUGCCGGCGGUACUGGACUAGGGGCGGCGCGCUGAGGAACGUGCCGGUGGGAGGAGGUUGCCGGAGGAACAAGAGAAGGAAAGGAAGCAGAUCCAAAUCUCCGGCCACCUCAGAUCACCAAGCUGGCACGAGCUCCGCGGCUGCAGUCACCUCCGCCGGUCUCUGCACCACUGAUAUGUUAGGGAAUUUCCUCCCUCCGCCAGAACAGCUGCCUUUCUUGCACUCCUUACCUCACCUCAGAGGCUAUGGCAGCUCCGGCAUCGGCCUGAAUUUCUCAGGAAUUCAGCCACCAGUGGCGGCGAUCGGUGAUAUCAAUGGUGAGCAGUGGAAGCUGCAACAAGUUCAGAACUUUCCCUUCUUGACAGGCUUAGAAUUACCAUCUGAGAUAUACCCAUUUGAGACCGAAGCCGCUUCGGGUCAGCUUGGAUCAAAGCCGUUAGAAUCUGGAGUAAUUCAGUCAACUGAGGUGAAAACCGAAGAAAAUCAAGGCUUGAACAUGUCAAGGUACUUUCUGGGGCACCCUGCAAGUGAUCAGUAUUGGGUUGGUGGCAGUGCAUGGACUGAUCUCUCUGGUUUCACUUCUUCUUCCGCCAGCCAUCUUUUGUAAUUGAUCUCUCUCCGUUCAACAUCUUCUAAAACCCUAGCCAAUCUUAAACGUUUACGAGUUGUGUAAUUGAAAACAAAAAGAAGUGCCGUAACUUGCAACCAUCGGGUCCUCCCAAGAGUUGCUUCGAAACCUAGAUCCAAAUAAAGGUAGGCAUAGUUUUGAAUUCAAUUGCUUCGUUUAUUGUAUUUUAUGGGUAUAUCUCGAGACUCUUGUGUAUGCGUUCAUUGAGUUCUAUAUCUAACAGGAAUGCCUUCAGCUGUAUCUACUGAAUCCACUGAUAAUUUCCAUUA